UUAAAAUUAAUAAUGGUAGGCAUGGCCGGCGUUCCAAAUCGCACUUUUUUUUUCUGUUUGCGUCAAUGACUUCGAUCAAACCGCGUUCGUGCGGAUCUUUAAAUGAUGCGUGCGGGAUGAGGGUUUGACUUCAAUUACAGGGUGCAUUUUUUUAAUUAUGUGAAAUCUUAUCCGAUUGGCAUGUCGUAAUUUGCUACGAAGACAUGAAGAUUUCUACUUGUUAUCAUGAGCCCACUGGGGAAAGAGGUCGUAGAAAUGUCCACAGAUGAAGAAUCAGAUUGUGUGGUUAUAUGUCCACCCAAUGGAGAAGCUCGUCAUGAAGAAGUUAUGAGUGGCAUCCAUGAUGAAGAUUCUCCAAAAGGGAAAGAAGCCCCUACUGUUAUAGACUCACAUAUGGAAGACAUGCCUGCAAGUCGACAUUCAACAAAGCUUGUUAAUGAACAAAAGUCUUCUCUUCCAAAUUCACCGACAAAGCCUGGUAUAGCUGGGCAAAAAGGGUCUAAGCAGACUGUUCCACAGCCAUUCGCUCUUGCAACCAAAAGAAGGGUUUCUGGAGAAGUACCUUCUACUUCAGUAUCUCAUUCAACCAGCAACGGAGAAAAACUUUCUGACAGAAGUAGCAGCUCACCGGCAAGCAUGGCAAAGAAGAGUCCAUCAGUGACACCCAGGAAGCCUCAACAAUCUGACAAUACCAACAGUCAAGAGGAGGACUCAUAUUCAGUUACUUCUUCAACUGUAACCUCGGCAAGAGGUGGAAAAACGAAGAAGACAACAGUUCCUGUUCCGCCUACAUUUGUAUGUGGUAAUCGUCUUGAGAAGAGGGGGGAGUUUUACACUAAAUUGGAAGAAAAACGCAAGGCUUUGGAAGAUGAAAAACUUGAAGCAGAGGCCAGGAAAAAGGAAGAGCAAGAAACAGUUCUAAAACAACUAAGAAAGAACCUGGUUAUUAGAGCAAAGCCUAUGCCAAGCUUCUACCAAGAGGGUCCCCCGCCGAAGGCUGAACUUAAGAAGGUGCCACCAACACGUGCCAAAUCACCAAAAUUGACACGCAGAAAGAGCUGCAGCGACUCCCCUCUUACACCAGAGGGAGGAAAGGAUAGUGCAGCAUGUUUCCGGUUGCAUCGCCACAGUAUUGGGAAUUUAAAGAAUGGUAACAGCAGCGCUCAGUGUUCUCCCAAGAGCUCUCCGAUGGCAGGGGCGGCUACAAAAACCAGAACGGCUAAGUCCGCAAUGAAGACUGCGGGGCAGCCAGGUUCUACAAAUGUUGCUGUACGGAGCUAACUCUUGCACCGUUUCACUAUGAUGGCUUUUUCAUUUUAAUUUUACCUCACAUCACCAAAAGACGGCGUUAUGUCCCGACAGCAUGUGCGUUUUGUUGCUGGACUAUUUUUUGCAUUCUCCAUGUAAGAACCUUGGUACCGAGACCAUGUGCUGUUCCAUGUUGUAAAUUUCUUGAGGUUGUUGUAAGGGGUGACUGAGUCUGUUCUUUCUGUAAGAACCAAUGUGGCAGCCGAUAAGCUGUUGGAAUGACAUUGUUGUUGCUGUUGAUGUA